GUUUUAUUGUUGCUACCCACGAUUCCACGUCUAUGAUGCGUACGGCAAGCAAAUGUAUGACAUGAAUGGGCCGUGCUGUCCUUGUCAGGGACCUGGUUGCACCGAAGAUUUGGAGUUCAAGUUGACAAAUCCUGGAGGAUCGGAUUCCGGUGCCAUGGUAACUAAGAUAUGGGACGGGGCUGGCAGAGCGUGUUGUACAUAUGCCAAUACAUUUGGUUGUCAUUUUCCUCCCGGCAUGGAUGUCCAAAAGAAACUCUCAAUUUUUGGGUCCGUGUUUGCGCUGGAUUACGUUGAGUUUGAAAACAAUGAUGGCGGUGGUGGAUCAUAAGAACGCUAUACGGAUGUUACGGCAUCUGAAGUACAGGGAUUUAUAUACUGUCAAAUUAAUGAUGUGGUUUUUGUUUUUUGUUUUGUUGUUGUUGUUGUUAUUAUUUUAUUUAUUUAUAGUUUUUGAGGUGUUUGCCGUUGCACUGGGACAUUGUGUAAUGCUUUCAACCACUAAACUGUAUCAGCAUCAAAUAAUAAGUCAUCUAAUUCAGUUUUUGUAUAGUAUUAAUGUUCAAUAUAUAACGAAAGAACAAUGUAAGAUUUAGAAAAAGAAAUUACAUUAUUUUUUCAGUCUUAUGUUGAUUAUGCUAAGACUCAGAUUCCUUAUUUUCAGUCUUUUAAUUAUAGAUCUCCCAAAAUGUAGGGUAAUCUCAAUCAUAAAAAUAUUUCAGCAUAUUUGAGAUGUUUCAUUUUUCUUUACCGGCUCUCGGUUUUUGUACGCCAACAUUCUUGUGAUAUGCUUAAGUGUAGUAUGAUUCUUUACUAUAAAUAUGUUUAACAUGUUAUAUUGAUAUUGCAUGUAGUUUUUGUAUCGGUACCGGUAACAGAAAUACUUAAAUAUUUUUCUUUCCGUAUUGCAUUACUUUGACACUCCUUGAAAAUGAAAUCCAGAAAAAUUUAUAUGAAAUCAAACUUACUUACUCAAGAUUGCUCUACUGUCCUGGCUUUCAAUAUUAGCCUUUCUUACAUAGGCUUUAUAUGUUGAAAGAUGUAAAUAAAAACAGCAAAUUAAGAUUUUAUUUUGAUUAUCUCAUUAUUUGAGGCAUUGAGUUGAUCCGUCGAUAAGUUCAAUUUCCGUAGUUUGAGCAGAGCGAAUUAGGCGGAAUUAAUUUUCCUUUAUGUGGCGAAUUUUCUCAUAGUGUGUUUGUUAGUAUUUCACGUGCAGUUAAUGGUAAAAUGUACGUGUCGUUUAGCGAAGUGAGAACACAGGCAACACACGUGUAUUCAUUUAUUUCUGUAUUUUUUGCUAGAUGCUCCUUUAUUCAGAAAUGGUUCCACAUGACCUAUAGUACAGGGUUAAGUGUAAUAAGUGUAACUAUGUUUGUCAUGAAACGGAUUAAUAUGAUAGUGAGGAUGGUGAUAAUGUCGACGUGUAACUAUUGCUAUUGUCAAUAAAUGAUUAAAUGUAUCCAUA